UAUUUCACCAAAGUUCACCAUGAAAUGUCCUUUGGACUCAAAAACAAACCUAUAAAUUACGAUGCUCUCACUCAUUGGGACAUUUCCUCCUUUAGCUUUUUCAUCAGCUACUGGUUUCUUACACGGUCUCUUCAGGGAAGUUGGUGCUAUAUUUGUGGUCUACAAUGGGAGUUCCUGGUGGUGUAUUUUUUAUCAUACUUUUGCACAUUUUAACUGGAGAGACUUCAGGAGUGUUUGUUUCCAGCUGUGAUUCGUGUCAUCAUGAAGCCCUCUGUUUGGCCUCAAGAGAGAGAGGCGACGCUCUCCAAAGCAAUAUCUCGUGUGUCUGUAAAGACGGCUUUGUAGGCGAUGGUCUUACCUGCUACAAUACAAAACUCUGCAGCAACUCUUCUUGCUGUCGCCAAGGCUACAAUUGGUCACCAAGCAGUGGCUGUGUGGACAUUGAUGAGUGCUCCCUCCCAGAUCCACCCUGCUCACCACCUUAUACUUGCUCCAACACACCAGGCUCCUUUGAAUGCCUGCAGCUCUCGGGUAGCAGAUCAGGACCUUCUUCUCAGUCCGUCCAUUUCCAAUGUGGAAACACAGUUUGUCCUUCAGGCAUGGACUGCAUCAAGAAUGGUGGGAAUAAUCUCCAGUGUGCUGACCCUUGUGACCACUACACCGCACUGCACGAUGACUGGCGUUCAAUAAAUAACACAGCUGGUGGAAAAUGUGAUCAACAUGUUGACUGGCAGGGCUGGUAUCGCCUGUUUCUGGGACAAACCAGUGCUCAAAUUCCAGAGACAUGUACAGGUGAAAACAGAUGUGGAACCGCUGCUUCCAUGUGGAUAACAGAGCCUCACCCCAUGUUGUCUAAUACAAUUGUGACUCGCACCGUUUGCAGCUCCUGGAGUGGCUCUUGCUGCUAUUUUGCUUCUCACAUCAUUCAUGUUAAACUCUGUUAUGCAAACUACUAUGUCUACAAACUGGUGCAGCCAUCCACAUGCAGCCUUGCAUAUUGUGCAGAUUUCUCAGCAGAUUUCAUUGAGCCUCCCAUGCAGCUUGUUUGUGGCCGAAAUAAACUCCAAGUAGGACUGUUUGUGAGCAGCCUGGCGUUUUCUGGUUUAGACCCACUCUCUGGCCACCUGGCUAACCGCAACUGUUCCCGGGUCAGAGUCCAUGGCGAUGUUGUGUGGUAUGAAGUGGAGGCCCAGACGGGUGUCUGUGGAAACAUCAUGAGAAGCAACGACACACAUGCCACCUACGCCAACAGUUUAUUCCUCUAUCAUGCAAACAGCAAAUCCUUUGCUCCCCCUGAGAGAUUUUUCUUCUCCUGCUCCUAUCCCCUGCACACAGACGCCAGCCUGAAUGUGGCUAUAAGACCAACCCUAGAGUGGGAGAGGGGUAUUUCGGGCUCAGGUAAAAAAGCCAGUGCCGCCAUGUCCCUGUUCCGGGACUCCAACUACGCUGAGACAUAUCCAGCAGGCCUCGUCGUCCUCCCAGUGGGUUCACCGUUGUAUGUUGGCAUCUCUGUAGAUGAGAUCGACCCCAGCUUUGUAGCUGUUCUGGAGGACUGCUUCGCCUCUCACUCAUCAAACCCAGAAGAUCCCAUGCAGUACCCCCUCAUCCAGAAGAAGUGUCCCAUUGAUCACCAGCAGGUGUCAGUGGUGGAAAGUGGCUCAUCCCUCCAGGCUCGUUUCUCUGCUCUGUUGUUUCUCCACCAGGAUGAAUACCGAGACAUAUAUCUUCACUGCAGCCUCAGCUUGUGCGACCAGAGAAGCUCCGACUGUGACCCAGUUUGUCGCAGCAGGUCAUCUCGCUCUGUGUCCAGCUCUGCUGCUGUCCACCCCGUCACCAUCGGACCAAUAAUCUGGAAGAAGUGACCAUUAACACAUGCAAAGAUGCUCCUCUAAACUAAUCUAGUAAUUAGAUGUUUUUUUCCCUCUAUAUAUGUUUUUAAUCAGAAGGAGAAAAAUCCGAAAAGCUGGAAUGACAAUGUAUGAUGGUGUCUGAACAACCCUGUAACAGAUGCUAGUUGUCUUUUUAUGUAGAUCUGCAUUUGCUUAACUUGUAUAUUUUACUGCAUUACGCCUUUAAGAGAAUAAAUAUAAAGACAGCAACAGUUUCUUACUUGUCUGUAUUCAUUUGUCAGUAUGAUACAAAUGUUAUAUAAACAAGCAAAUUAUGCUAAAGUCUGCACCAUAAAUAUUUAUAGGUUAUUAAACUAAUAUAUGAUCACUCUAGAAAAAAUUAAGAAAAACUCAGUGCAUGGUGAAUGAUCACCAAACUGACAACUCAAAUGUUGCGUUACAUCAACAGAGUAAGAUGGGAUGAAAAGUUAUACCCACUUAGAUCAUUUUAAUGGGAGUAACAAGUUAUUAACAACAACAAAAGAGCGAAUGGAACUGAUCGAUAAGUAUUUUUAAGCAAAUGAAAUCAACAUAGCCAGCACUAUCUCAACAAAAACCUUCCUGGUUUUAAUCCUGAGUUGUGUCUUGUUGGGUGGAGUUUGUAUGUUUUUGUAGCGCCUGCAGCUACUCUUUCAGGUACAGCCCAGGAAUCUGCACUUUAGGUUAAUGAGAGAUGCCAAGUUGUCCAUGGAGAGGAAUGUGCAUAAUUGAUGAUGUUUCAGUGUCAACACUAUAUAAGACUGGUAAGAUGGAUUGUUGGGUGGGACUAAGAUGUCCCACUUAAACCCCUCCAACCAUCUUUAACACAAAAUAUGUUUCCUGCUUAUACUUAACAAAGUUAUAUGUUGUAAGACCAUAUUACAGCAAGAGGCUUUCAAAUACAACAGGGGGUGUGUCUAUGGUUUCAACUGGCACAAUGCUUCACAAACUUUAGCAGAUUGAUUUUAACAAUCACAGUGUGGUAAGACGCACUUAAGUGCUUAUUUGUGAGUGCGCAGCCUUGACCAAUGGCGUGCGUCGCCAGCCUAUUUAAGGGGAAGUGAUGGUGAACCCGGAAAGAAAGCGCGACUCUUCGCCCCCGCCCACUGCGGGUUCCAGUCGGUUCCUGUCUCGUUCCUCAUCCAUCUGUGGCUUUGGCCGGCUCGUGUCAGAAGCGGAUCUUGUGGCAAGAAUUCAUGCAACUGGUACGUAGUCGGCUGGUUACAGCAUUCUGUGACGGCCCUCUUUGGUUACUUUUGUCUAAUUUACUGCCGACCUGCACCUGAUCACUUUUCUAGCACGUCCGUCGUUCAGCGUUCUUUCAGUCGGUCGCAGCUGCGCCUUCUGAGGAUGAUUGGCUCGCUGGGAGCGUCUGCAGCGCAGGCGACUCGUGAAAUGCAGCGAGCCGCUUUAGAAUGAUUAAGAAGCCUUACAUCGCCUGGUAUGUGUCUUUUUAUCUUUAUGAAUCCCGAUCUCGCUGCAGUUAUUUGUGGCAUCAAUUAAGUGUUUUGUACGUCCUUAGGUGUUGCUGGUUUUAGCCCCCACUGCCGUUCUUGCCAGCGUCCUUGUCUACGGGAAAAACACAGAGCCGUGGUCUGGCUGGACUGACGCGGCCGCUCACGUGAAGAGGCUGCAAGACCCUCGAGCAUUCAAGACUUUUUAUACUAAGUUUUAGCAAGCGUGUGUGUGCGCGUGUGUGCGCGCGUGUGUGUGUGUGUGUGUGUGUUUGCGCGCGUGUGUGUGCGUGUUUGGAGCGUGGUGUGAGGGAUAUUCUUCUUUUGGGUUAAUUUUGUGUUCUUUUUGUUGCCCCUGCUUUAAACCUAUUGGCAGGAGGUCCAUAACUGCAGAUAACCAAUAGGUUUUUGGGCCGAGUUUAUUCUCUUUUUUUUUCAUAUUUGUUAUUUGGUUUAGGGCUCGAGAGCUUGUUGACGUCGUGUGUGGUUGGUAACUACAUUGGUUAAUUUCUUUUUCUUUCCAUUACUUUUGUGCUGUUUACAUUUGGUUUUGUAUGUUUGUUCUUGAUUGUUCAUCUCCUAAUACCCUUUAUUUUGGUUUCUUUGCUUUUCAGGUGCUGAGCGUCCACGGCGGGGUGGCAAGCCAAUCCUUGGGUGAUGGUGCUUUAUUUUCCGUGUGUGUGAAUUUCACGUAUGCUUAGUUUGCUGUGCCUCUUGAUUUAUAUUAUCCUACGUUUGCAGUUCUUGGUUUAUUUAAUUCACUUUCUUUUAAUUUACGGUUAGUGUGACGUGUGUCUGCAUGGUGUGAAUCUUUGGACCAUUGAUCCAUUCCUCUGGUAACCCCCCCUGCUGGUGGCCCUCAGCCCUGUCUUUAGCGAGAAUCCCCUCAUCCCUGCCCCAAAAUACGGAGAUGUGAUUGUGUUAUAUAUUCUAUUGUUCUUAACAAGAAUCCUGGUUUUUAUAGACAUUAAAUAAAAUAAGAAUUUGUAUUUUCACAACCGUUUGUCUCUGGUGUAUUGGUCAUUAGAAUCUCACGUGCGCCCUUAAAACUGUAUCGGGCCACAACAGCAUAAAAUACAAGGGAUAUAAAACAUUCUUGACAUGUCUAUAGCCAAGAUCUGCUGACUUUGCGAAGAGAGAAACGAAUAGCAGGAUUGAAAAGAGAAAUGUAAGUUGCUGAAUUAUGAGAAAGACAAGUGUGUACCUUCAGGAAGUAUGAGUGUGAGACAUACAAAGUUUACAGAGUAGGUCAGCUUUUCAUUCAAUCAUUAUGACAAACCUUUGUCGUAGGUCUACACACGCUAGGGAAAUUUUCUUUAGAUCUGAGAAAUCUAAAAUCACAAUCUUAAACAAACACUCAACAGUGAGCUACCUCAUGAGGAAGCAGAAACAAUGAUUUAUUACAACUUAGAGGUCAUUUGAAAGUUCUUUGUUUUGCUGAAUGUGGUAGUUGAGGAGGGUGACAAGCAGCAGAUCUGGAGCCAGACAGAGCACAGCCAGUAUGAACAUUUACACUGGGAUUCAGAGAGGAUACGAAAAGCAAGACAAUAACAGUGUUUCCUUGUAUUAAACAUUUGUAGUUUAUACUCGAACUGAACCGUACUUGUAACUACUACUGAGAACCACCAGAGAGAAAUCUAGAUCAGAUAAGUAUUACACAACAAAGAGGAAGUGAAAAACAGCAAGAACACAUUUGUAUUUUCCAGAAAACAACAAGCUUCAAUUUAUGGACUGUGCUGAUUUAUUGGUUUAUAAACCUCUUACCUCACUAGAUAAAGGCUUCACUAGAUAAAGGCACUUCUUUCUCAUCUAAUUUCAUGUUAAUGACUUAAAGGCACUUUUCAAAUUUGAAAAUGCAAUUAUUGGAACAGAAUUGG